AUGGCGGUGGAAAGCAAUCAGACAAGUGACCAAGAGAUGGCGAAUUCGCAACCGGAGCAGCAGGAGCUCAAACGGAAGAAGAGAAUCAGAUUGGCAAUCUACAUUGCUGUGUUUCUUGUGUUUCAGAUCAUAGUGAUUACCGUACUAAGCCUCACCGUGCUGAAAGUGAAGUCGCCGAAGGUGCGACUUGGUGCCCUCAACGUGCAAAAUCUCACGGCCGCCCCUGCAACGCCCUCGUUCGACGUGACAUUCGCAACCCAAAUCAGGAUCAAGAACACAAAUUUCGGCCGGUACAAGUUUGACGCAAGCACUAUUAAGUUUUACUACGAUGGCGCGACCGUCGGGCAAGUUAGCAUUCCCAAGGGCAAGGCCGGAAUGUGGUCGACCAAGAAGAUUGAUGUCACGGUGAAUUUGAGUACCAAGGGGCUGCCGAGCUCCAAAAACUCCAGUCUUCGAACGGAACUGAGCACUGGGGUUUUGCGGCUGACGAGCGAAGUGAGGGUGAAAGGAAAGGUGGAGUUGAUGAUGGUGAUGAAGAAGAACAAGUCUGCGAAAAUGGACUGCACUUUGGAAAUUAACUUGUCAACCAAGAAAAUUCAAUAUUUGAAAUGCAAGUGA